AUGGCUCUGGCCGCUGCGUUGCUGAGCGGCGCUUACUCGCGUGUCAGAUGCUGCAGGCACAAAGGUUUGUGUCCCUCACUCAGACCUCUCCUCAGUGAUUCCGUGUCAAAAUUGUACAGCAGCUACAGGAGGCCAGGGGCACAGCCUGAGAAAAAACCGUCUUGGCAAGAUAUUGAUUUCAGUUUUAAGAAAGGCUUUGAUGUCUUAAAGACUCAGCUAAGCAUGCUGAAGGAGGAGACCGAAAAUUUCUUAAGAGGACCUGGAGGCCAUCCACUCAGUCAGUACCUGUUGGAACAGACAAGGGUGUUGUGGGAGUUUCGGAGCCAAGAAGAUUUAAAUAAAUGGGUUAUUUCCUCCGAUGUAGAGAUUGGAGGGAAAAGUGAAGUUUACCUCAAACUGGGGAGGAAUAACCAGGGUGCUCUGCUCUAUGGAACCCUCAAUACAGAAGUACCUCGUGAUGGGGAGACCAAAUACAGUGGAUAUUGUAGCAUGAGAGCCAAGCCACCCAUGGGAUCUUUUGCUAGGAAGAAGUAUUAUGACUGGUCAAACUUCAACAGCCUGUAUUUACGUGUCCGUGGCGACGGCAGACCUUGGAUGGUGAACAUUUAUACAGAUCCUUACUUCUCUCACCAAAAAGAUGACCUCUACAACUACUUCAUGUUCACCCGAGGAGGCCCAUACUGGGAGGAAAUAAAGAUUCCUUUCUCCAAAUUCUUUCUCUCCAGUCGGGGAAGAGUCCAGGAUGACCAGCAUCCUAUCUGGUUAGACAAGAUUCGUACCCUUGGAUUCACAAUCGGAGAUAAAGUAGAUGGUCCGUUCCAGCUGGAGAUUGAUUUUAUUGGCCUGAUAAACGAUAGAGCUCACACAGAAGAAUUUGCCUAUGAAACAUACGAAAAGAAUCCUCGACUUUAAGUUGAGCUGCUGUUCUUUGGGACCUUCUUCAGAUCAUUAGUUUAUUUUUAUAAAGCACUUCUUAAAAAGUGUGGCUUACAACAACUUGAAGAUUCUAUGUAAACACUGGAGACAAAAGUGUGUCAAGUGUUGACUGUGUAAUCUGACUAGAGGGACAGUGCUGGCAUCAUUGAGCUGCCA